AUGGAGGAUUGUUGUCGGGCGUGCAUGCCGUGUCUGAACCGCUUGUGGAACUGGAUAUGGCCCGAACUGUACUACCCGAGCGCCACUCCGGCGGCAGAGAUCCGCACGGUGUCGGGAGACCUGCGCGUUCCGGAGCCGAAGCGGCGGCCUGCGCAGCUCUACGCAGCCCUGUACGACUUCGAAGCCCGCAGCGAGGAGGAACUGUCGGUCAAAGAGGGCGACAAGCUGUCGGUGAUAGAAAAACGAGGGGAAUACGUGCUGGCCAAAAAACUCACAGGGAGCCUCGAAUCUGGACUGGUACCCGCAAACUACGUGGCUCUGCUACAAGAUGAAUUCGCCAAAUACAAGUGGUACUAUGGGAACAUAAACAGACAGAAAGCUGAGAAGCUGCUCUUGGCUGCGCAGAAUAAAACAGGUUCCUUCCUUGUUCGGAUCAGUGAAAGUCACAGCAAUGAAUACACCAUCUCAGCCAGGAACGAAACCAGUGUCUUUCAUUUCCGUAUCCAUCGCUCUCCAAUUGGUGCUUACUGUGUAUCUGAUAAAAUCUCCUUUGCAACUUUGGAUGAGCUUAUCAGAUACUACCAGAACAACCCCAAAUGCCUGGGAUGCCCCCUGGACCAGCCGUGUGUACAGCAGAGGGAGCUAUUUGACAUGGAGCCAUGGGAGCGGCCCAGAGAAGAGUUUCAGCUUAGCAGGAAGCUGGGGGAAGGGCAUUUUGGAGAGGUGUGGGAAGCUGCAUGGACCCCAAAGAACAAAAGAGUAGCCAUCAAGAUGCUCAAACAAGAGGACACUAAGUUGGAUGAGUUUGUGAAGGAGGUCCAUGCGCUGAAGAACCUACACCAUCCAAAACUCAUUGAGCUGCUUGCGCUGUGUACAAGAGGAGAACCGGUCUACAUUGUCACUGAACUCAUGUCUAAAGGCAGUCUCAAGUCCUACCUCGCCACCCCAGAGGGACAGGUAUUGACCUCAGCUCAUCUUAUCUACAUGGCGUGUCAGGUGACCGAGGGGAUGGCCUACCUGGAGGACCGGCACAUUGUCCACCGAGACCUGGCUGCCCGAAACAUCCUGGUGGGGAGUGAGCUGGAGUGUAAAGUGGCCGAUUUUGGCCUGGCUCGUAUUAUUAAGGACAGUGUUUACACAGCCAGUAGGAACACUAAGAUUCCUGUACGGUGGACGGCUCCAGAGGCGGCACUGUACCAGCGCUUCUCUGUUAAAUCUGAUGUCUGGUCUUUUGGGGUGCUGCUCUACGAAAUGAUGUCAAGAGGAAAGAUGCCAUAUGAGGGUAAAACCAAUAAAGAAGUGUUGGACAUUUUGGCGUCAGGCUACAGAUUGCCUUGCCCGAGUCGCUGCCCUCCUAAUAUUUACCGUAUGAUGAUGGAGUGCUGGGCAGGUGAGACCUCCAAACGACCCUCUUUCCACGCCCUGCACAGUCAGCUGGAUAACAUUUACUCAAGAAUUUACUACAAGACUAUUGAGGUGUAGAGCCAACAUGAGCCAAAUAGCACAAAAAGCCACACUGAAGGAAAUGCAAUGAAGGAAUGCAAGUUAAGCAUGUGCAAAAAUUAUUUAGAUCAAACUGAUGGACUGAUUUUUCCUGCCAAAACUGUCUAUUUGCUAAUGUUUUUUUUAUUGAUUGUAUAUGUGCAAUAAUGACUUUUUAUGUAAUCAUGUACAUGACAAAAGGGAACAGAAGAGCAGAGGUUUGCAGUGCUUCCAUUUACAGUGCUAGUUUUUACUACAGCCACAUCUGGAGCAGCAGCAGUAGGGUGCUGGGUUGAUAGUGAACGAUCUCGGUGUGAUAAGCAGGGUUUUUUUUUUUGAGUCGUGCUCCGUACCAGUGUUCAGCCUGUGUUACGGCCUGCUGUUGAGCUGGCCAGACAGAGACUCAGACUUCAGUAUAAGAGGUAGCUAAUUGUUUCUGCUUCCAAUGAGUGUUUUGUUUACUAGUGGUUUACCUGCCAACCUUUCUGGACUUUUUACUACCGAACAAAAAGAACAGGUUAAACUAAGACUGUUACAGUUCAUGGGGAAUCCAAGGAGGUUUGAAGGACCUCUGGUGAGUCUGUGCUGCAAAAAACAUGACUAGCUUGCAUCUAUUUGAGAUAUGCAAUCUACGCACUUACACUGUGGAAGUGUAAAAAAGGUCUUGUUGCCUCGUUCUUAUGGAAAUAGUUUCUUUGAUCAGUCUUCCUAAUUACAAGAGGCAGACAGAUUAUGCACCGUGAA